AGCUAUUGAUUGCAUGGUGUGGGUGGAAGCGUUCUAAAAUGCAGUGCGGAUGGUUCCAGCUUGAAUUUACCCAACAUAUUAUUACUAGUCAUAUUCGGUCGAUUCGUCGUGCUAUGCAAGCCUCAAAUUAAAAUGGUAAUUUGAUUUUUAAUUACGAUGAUGAGAACACAAGUACUGUUCGAGCAAAUAAUACCACAAAUGCAUUGGCAGACAGAGCAAUCGAAACCGCGCGCGCCCAACACAAGGAGGUGGCUAGCACGUCAGCAUUCGAUCAUUUAUACAGAAAACACUUUUUAUUGCUAGGUAGUAGGAACGCCAGCUAAUGUAUUAUUUGUAUUGCAUCCAUACCUAUCUAUUUAAACGCUUCUUUGUUGGUGUGAUAUGGCGCGAUCUUUUUGGAGAUUACUAAAAUGGAACGCCUGCAAACAUUAUGGCGGGCCAUCCAUUGUAACUAGCUAACGUUACCUAAUUUGGCUUGCUAAUUCUUACUUCAUGUAAGGAUGGGAAUUAAAAUAGUUUUUUUAAAAACUACAUCAGUCGUUACAUCCCAGGUAAUACAACAUGCGUACACACACACAACGAUUGUCCCCCUUUUUUGUACUAGGCCCCUACAGGAGUUGCCCUGCCUGAAUGAGUAUUUGGAGGGAUCAAUGCUGUCCAUAUCCCAGAAGAGCAAACGGAAAAAAAGAGAACGCAUCGGAGACGGUCUGGACACAGAGAACACCCCUCACGAGCUCAUUCACCAGUGGUCACCACCUCACAAGCAGCGGGUUGUCUGCAAGGGCAAAGAGAAUGAGGAGAACCAGUUUGUGCUUGCCAGGCGACCAAGGAAAAGGAGGGAGUUCUCAGGCUUGUCCUGGGACACACUACCAGAUGAGUUACUGUUGGGAAUCCUUUCCUGCCUUCCCCUGCAGGACCUCCUCCGGAUGUCCCGGGUCUGCAAGCGUUGGCAUCGCUUGGCGUUUGAUGAGUCUCUGUGGCAUAGUGUGGAUCUUGUAGGGAACCCCCAGCUGGAUCAAGCUCUUGGGCAGGUGCUUAUGGCUGGAGUACUGGGACUGCGCUGCCCCUGUACCUGCAUUGGAGAACCACAUUUCACCCACACACAACACCUGCGUGUCCAGCACAUGGAUCUCUCCAGCUGCACGGUCUCAACCCCGUUUCUAGAUGACAUCAUCUCCCGCUGCAGGCGACUAGAGAAUCUAAGCCUGGAGGGACUGGAGCUUUCUGACUGGGUCAUUCAGUCCCUAUCCCAGAAUACUGAGCUGGUACGGCUCAACCUGUGUGGCUGCUCUGGCUUCUCACCCGACUCGCUUGGUGAGAUGCUCAAAUCCUGCUCACGGCUUGAAGAGCUGAACUUGUCAUGGUGUGACUUCAGUACUGAUCAUGUGAAGGCUGUUGUCAGUAACAUCCCCUCCAAUAUCACUCAGCUCAACCUUAGUGGCUACAGACAGAACCUUACUAUGGGAGAUCUGAAAGACUUGGUGGAGAGAUGUCCUCACCUUGUAAAUCUGGAUUUAAGUGACAGUGUUCUGAUGACUACCUCAAGUUUCCCCAUCCUGCAACAGCUGCAGUCUCUUAGACACUUAGCGUUGAGCCGUUGCUACCAGAUCCACCCUGCUGCCUUAGCUGACUUUGAGAAGUUUCCAGAGCUGCAGACGUUAGAGGUGUACGGGCUGGUCCAGGACACUUACCUGCCAAUCCUGAGUAAAAGUUUGCCCCGUCUCCAAAUCAACACCCGGCCAUUCUCUGGCGUGGCCCGUCCCACCGAGGCCACCCGGCGGGACCGUGCCAUGUGGGGUAUGACCUGUCGACUGGUGUUCAGGUCCUAGUCACAACGCCUUCCUAACGCUGUCACUAACCUGUCAUAACUUAUUUCUGUCUGAUGCGGUCAUUCUAUACAGGGAAUGUAAGCUAUUUUUUUGUGUCUGCCAUUGUGUGUAUGCACAUUAAUUUGAGCCGUACACAAUUUGUGGUACACUGACACCAAUUGUUUUCACUGCUGAUGAAGAAUUCUGUUUUGUUGUGUUUUUGGCAACACUUUGUUUUUAUAAUGGUGGGCAUUGGUUCAAAGUUACUCUAAGGUCAGUAAUAGGACAUGGCCUUCAUAUGCACAGUAGUGGGAAUUCUAAAUGUUGGUAGAUUGCAUUUCUCCACAGUAAUCUUACUUGAAUAACAUGCAACUGAAUUUUAAAGAUUUUAAAGGGGUACCUGUUUUAGACAAUUUAACCCUGAUAAUGUUGAAGACUGAGCGUGUAGUCGUAAGGGAAAUGCCUUUUAUUUUUUACUUGCUAUAAUAAUACAUUCUGAUUUAUAGGAUACGUUAUCAGGGUCCUAUGAUCUGUCCAAUAUCUUGACUUUCGAACAUUCCAAAGACAGAUCUGUUGGAAAAAAUGUCUGUAGUAAAGCUAGCCAAACAAAAAAAAUCUUGAUAAUGUUGGUUCGUUCUGUAACGUUUCAUUAGCUGGAUAUAGUAAAGUUAAUUUCAGUUCAGGUCUAUCAACUGUAAGGCGGGUUUGCCAGAAAGACGAGCUAGGAACAUUGGUCUGUUAGACUAAUGCAUAGGUGCUCUGCCACUAGCAGUUGACAUCUUUCCCUCCAUGAUGCAGUGUUUUAUAAAAUACAAAUUCAAAUGAACAAUUAUGUCAUUUACUUGAUAUAUUUUGUUUUGUAUUUUUUAAGUUGGAGACAAUAAGAAAUCAAUGAA